CGGGCAAAGCAAUUUUAACCUGAUCAAAAUCAGGAGCAGGGUUUUUGUUCCUGCACAAAUUAGAAGUGGCCCAAACAGCGUUCCUCAACAAAGACACAGGAGUUUCAGGCUUGAUGAGCCUUAAAAUAUCUUGUAACACAUUGGAAUUGAGCACCAUGUCUCUGGGUGUAGGACCGUCGCCUGCAAUGUUACCCAAGGCCCACACAGCUUGUUCAGCCACAUCUAUCCUGGGCGAGACUAAUAAGGAUUGAAGCCUGGGGAUUGCUCCUUCUUGUAUGACAGCUGCAGUUUGUUCCGAAGUGCCUGAGGCGAUGUUUGUAAGAGCCCAACAGGCUUCAAAUUGCAAGCUAGGAUUGUGAUGUUUGGUUAGAAAUUCUACACAUCUUGGCACCACUCCUAAUCUAAUCAUGUGGUCGAUUGGUGGGUUUCUUUCUCUGCUUAGGAUUUUUCUGCAGGCCUGAGUCGCUUUGAAUUGGAUGGUUUCAUCUGGGUUCAUCAUGCCAAACAUUAUCUCUUCAGCAGUCAUGGUAACUGGGCUCACAUUGUUUUCCUGCAGUGGAGAAGUUGGCUCAUCAAGAACCUCAGACAUGUGGCGUCUCUUGAAGAGCUGGUCUUCUUUUCUUGCUUUUCUUAGUUCUACGGUUUGGGCUAUACGUCUACGACGCAUUUCCUAAGAUAACAAUGAGAUAUUUAUAGAAAUAGAGCUACAAUAGUGAAUUUUGUAUGGGGGGCCCCAACAAAUACAAAUACUAACCUCUGAAUCUUUUCCUUUGUUCUUGAAAGAACGCAUUCUGUUUUCGUCUCCCAUGGUUGAUCUGUAAAAACGAAUAAAGUUCAAAGAAAACGAGGCUUCAAAAAAAAAAGAUAUUUAAAAAAAAAAGAUCUCUCAAAAAAGCUUGUAUUUUAGCAAAAAUUUCGAGUGUCGUAGUAAAGUGGAAAAUGUCCAAUUGAGAACUUACCUCAAACUUAAUAAAUUAACAAUAAAUUUAACAAAUAACUGCAACAAAAAGAUUUUUAACUGAAAUGUGAUUUUGCAAAUUGCAAAAUGGCUAAUGGACAAUGGUUUAAUUUGGCGGUUUUUAAGGGGGGAAGAAAUGAUGACAUCUGCCAAAAUAACGCAGCCAAUCAGAAACCUGCAAAUUUGAAUAUUUAAAUUCGAUUGAUCCUUUUGAAAAUCAAUGACAGAUAACGCAGUAUACCGUCAUAUUUUUUAAUUUGAAAUAUGGAAUUUUAUAGUUAUUUGACCAUAGUUAAAUUCAAUUAAACUUAUAUCGAUCUUGAACGUUGUAUAAGUUUUUUAUUAUAAAUAAUUUUAAUAUUUUUCUUCUUUUUCAAAAUAAAUGGUGGCUAAAGCCUCCUAUGACAAUCCAAUCAAUAUGGCGGUCAGGGUCAGACAGUUAAAUAGACGCUAUAAGGAUUUCAGUUAAAAAUCUUGUCGGUUUGUAUCCUAAAAAUGUUUUCUGUGUAUUUUGUAGUAUUUUAAUGACAUUUUUUUAUCGUUUUAGAAAUAUAAUUUUCGUGUUUUUUGAUGGAGAAGCGGAGUACCUACCUUACCUUGAGAAGUUAUUGGUGCAAAACCCAAAACCCAGCAAAAUUUGGCAAAAGGUAUGCUAAAUUCUAAGACGCUAAAUUGCUCAAAUCCUGAUUAGUAAAGAACUAAUAAAAACUGACUAGUGGAUAAUCGGCCCUAAAACGUAUUGAUUUUCUACGUUAAAAAUAAAUGUUCAACUUUAACGUGCUUUAACCCAUGCCGCCAUAUUAAAUUUAUUUUCUGACAGAUUCGUACCUCAACCAACAUAACCUCAAACAUUUUUAAUUUUUAAAUAAUGUAACAAUAUGUUUCGAAAAUUAGUCCAAUUAAAUUUCGUCCAUAAACGAUUCGCGGGACAUUCCAAAUGGGCCAACAUAAAACACAUAAAAGGAGCCAAAGAUGCUGAAAGAAAUGUUUUAUUUACCAAAUUAGCCAGGCAAAUUAGAGUAGCAGUAACAGAAGGAGGAUCCUCAGACCCUAAAAAGAACCUGAAACUUGUCCAAGUAAUAGACCAAUGCAAACGCUUCAAUAUGCCACUAGCCACCUUACAGAGUGUCUUAAAAAGUUGCGAAAAUGACAAAUCAAAUAACAAAGCCCACCUAAUAGAUAUAAAAGGACCUGGAAGCUGCAUGGUGCUCUGUGAACUAUAUACUAAUAAUUUGCAUGUAGUAAAGCAAUCAAUUUCUAUUCAACUAAAGAAAACUAAAUCAAAGUUUGCUGAUGGUUCCGGUUUGCAUAUGUUCCAUGAAAAAGGCAUUAUCGACGCAGAAAAUACCAAUUUAACAUCAAAACCAUUGAAAGAACAACUAGAACUAGCUACGGAUCAUGCUAUAGAAUGUAAUGCAGAGGAAGUAGAAAUCCUAGACGGCAAUAUAUUUCAGUUUUUAUGUAGCAAACAAAAUUUUCCAGAAUGUCAAAAGUUAUUGGAAAAUUUGGGCUAUAGAAUAGUCAACGCUUCGGUGGACUAUAUUCCAAAUAAAAUGCAAGAAAUUGGACCCACUGAUUUAGAAUUGUUUGAGAAAUUAAUGAAAAAGUUGGACGAAAUGCCUGAAGUUGUUAGAUUGUUUGAUAAUGUUAAUUAAUUUUUGGAAUAUUUUUAUUUCACUUAAUUUUCCCAACAAUUUUUUCCCAAUCCUUAAUUUGAAUCAAAGCAUCUGUAGCAGCUUUGCCCAUAAUUCCUUCUGGCGAGUGCUCAGGUUCAUAACUCAAAAUAACUUUGGCUUCAGUCAAAUAUUUUAAAACAUCUCUUAAUGCUGCUUUAAUCUCACUUUUGGACAUUGAUUCAGUUUCCAUUUGGCGUGAUAAAAGAAUCAUCAUUGGUGCAUGGAUUUCGUAUAGAGUCACACCUGGGAUUUAUUCAGUUUUAAUUUGUUUUUUUUUAUGAAAUGUAUCAGCUAUUUACCUCUUAUUCGUGUGUAGCCAGGUUCAAUUACAUCAAAUACUUUAAGAAUUUCAUGGCAAAUGUCCUUUUUUCUUAUUAAAGGUUUGUCUUUUAAUUCGUGUAUUAAAUAUCCAGAUAUUCUACCGUAAACUUGGCUUAAAGAAACUUUUAUGCUUAAACAUAAAUAAUGAGUAGGAUGUAAAACGUUUCUGUAUUUUUGAAGAAAGUUUUCCAUAGCACAAAUAUCGUUGGAGUCUAUUUGUUCAACUUCGUGGGAUAUUCUAGAAAAAAAAACAUUAAUAAUUACAUAUUUUCUUAUAGGAUGUAAAAUUACCUGUUCAACAAAACCCUUAUAGAAUUAGCAUUAAUAGAAUAUCCAGGACAAUAUUUGCCUGAACUAUUGCAGCUCCAAGAACUAUCAAAAUUUAACGGGUUAUCACAAAGUACAAGUCCAUUAUCACAUUUUGGACACAAUAAAGCUCCACUAUACGUGCCCAAUUCGGUUUUAUCACAACAUCUUUGACAUUUGCAUUCGAAAAAUUUGUUUUCUAAAAGAUGUUCGCGUCUUUUUUGAGUACACUGUUAAAAAAUACAAUAGUAAUAUUUAUUUAAACUGGGCAAACAUCUUACCUGUAAAGUAUAGGCAUAACUUAAAGUGACUGGAUGGCCUUCUGGAAUCCUUGUAGAAGCUCUUAUAGUCAAAUGAUAAGUACCUUCUUCAUCAGUAUGAUUAGUAUUAGGCACGCAGUUAUGAGACAAUAAAAAAGCAGUUGGAUAAAGGCCUCUUAUAUUAACACCUUGUCCAAUUUCAAAAGCAUUAACUUCCAAAAUACCGCAAAUAGUGUGAAUCUCUUCCGGAGUAAAUUCAGUCAACCUCCAAUCUUUUAUAAUCCUAUCUACAACUCUGGCCUGAUUUAAAGCCCACAAAUCUGGAAUAUUUUUCCUGAUACCAUUAUGGCUUUCCAUGUCCAUUAAUAUAGCAUAACUACUGGGAUCUGUGGUUUUCAAUAUGAGACACCUCAGAGGCACUAGGGCUUGGAAAUUGGUGCGCAGCUCUUCCAAAUUGGUGUAAUUCAAAAACGAAGCCGAUUUGCAUUCUUGUAAGAUCGUACAUUCGAUUUGAGUGUGUCCGUGGGUUUUUCUGAGGCCCGGGCACUUUUUCGAACACAGUGGCCAACCACAAGAUACACACCUGAAAUAAAAAUGUUUAUGUUUUCUAGAAGAAUGUUUCAUUAAGUAUUUACUUGUUAAUUUGUUGUUCCUUUUCCAAAUCCUUGUAGCAUCCUAGACAUUGAACUUUACAAUCGGUGCAAGGUCCUAUGACUAAUGGUUCUUCGGUGAUUAUGAUUUCGCCUGGUUUGAUUUCCUUUUUUGAUACUAUGUAUCUAUAAUUAAGAGAUUUUAGUAUUAAUUUUGACUGUUAACUUAUCAUAUUAACAUAUAAGUGUAAUGGUUCAAAUUUUGAUUAGUAUUAAUUACUCUACUAGAUUUCACCAAACGGAGUCUUAGUAUUUUCAAAUUCUGACGUCGUCUGUUGGUGUUUGUUUUGUAUAAAAUAAAGCCUCAUAGUUUUUGGCGCCCAACGUGGGGCCUCUUUUGUUUUAACUGUUUAGGCGAUUCUUAUGUUCUUCUAUAGGCCUUUUAUUCUUAUCUGAUAGAGGAUUUCUGUGCCCCACUACCUUGAUUUUCCAUUUGUGUUGGCUAUAGUUAGGAAAACAUUUUUUUGUUAAUGCUAGUUGGUAUAGAACGUGAUAUCCAUAGGAAUAGUUAUGAAUAUUUAGUUCUUGAGUGAUUUAGUGAAACUACAUGAUCCAAUUAUUCAACAUUCUACAACAUUUUAAUCCUGAACAAUUUCUAUUAAUAAACUUCUCAUUUGAAAUAAGUGAAACUAUCAAAAUAAUUCUGCAACUGACAAACAUCUGGAUGAAAACAAAUAAUAAAACGUUGACAUCGUUUUAUUAAUAAUUUGGUGCAGUCAAACGAUUUGGAAAUUUUGGCAAAGCACCAAAGUUUGUUUAAAAUUGAUUUUAUUGAAAUUCUGCCCGUUAAAAAACGACUAUUGAUUAUAUAUUGACUGAGGUUUGAGUGUCUAUUUUGCAAAUAUUUAUCGAUUAAAUACGAGCCUAGUAGUUAUAUUAGCCAUGCCAUAAUAUUUUAGGCAUCAAAACUUUUUUAUAUAAUUUUGUUGGAUUAUGCAGUGGGUGAAACAAAACGCGUUUUCUGGCUCGGAUACAUAAAAUAAUACAACUUUGUGACUUUGUGGGUUUAUACUAAAAGACAAUAUAAUUUAUAACUUUGGGAUUUGCAGCCAAAAUGCACUGUAUAAAUGAUCCAUUUUAUGGUUGUUUAUGUAUAUGUUUUCAACCUACACAUACAAACUUAUGUUGCAAAAAAAAACAGGUG